AUGAGAAACGAAGAGGGAGAUACAGACGCGCUCUCGAAUUUGGUCCUCGGUCCGCUCUCUGUCGUCGCGAGAGACGAACGACACGUGCAACGAGACGUGUUGCGAGAUGCCAUCGUCGACGACGACGACCGAGGAGGAGGAGGAGGAGAAGAAGAAAAGACGAAAAUGGAAACGAUGGUGUUGCGCUCGGAACGCGCGGUAGAGAAACUCGAGCGCUCGCUGUUUGAAAUCGACCGAGAGAUUGAAGCCGUGGAAGCGGCGACGAAGGAUUUAGGAGUCGAAGAAGCAAAGAAGAAGGAAGAAAAAACGCCUUUACGAGACGUGAAACUGAGGAAACAAGUCGCCGCGAAACGCGUCGCCGGGUUACGAGAGAAACGAAGCAAAGUGGAAAAAGAGUUGGACGCGGCAUUGGAAGUUUCCGAGGUGGAACGACGCGCGUUUGAGAGAGAAAAGAAGAAAAAGAAAGACGCAUCCGACGCGGACGCGAAGAAGACUGGUGGUGUUCCUCCGGAAGAACAACGACGACGACCGAAAGUGGUCGUCCAGGACGACUUUGAUUUCGACGCCGAGUUAGACGCCGUUCAAAAGAAAACCACGACGAAUAAUUUGUUAGGUGGCGGUAGUAAUGGAGAAACGGAAAGAGAACGAUUGAUUCGUAUUGGAGCGAUGACGCCGUUUGACCGCUUAGACGGGUUCGAUAAAGCUCGGACGGAUGAAGCCGGAAAGAAGUUGAAAGAAAAAGCGGCGCUGUUGCAAAGCGCGAAAUCAAAGUUGAAAACGAUUGAUUUGAAAGAUGCACCGAAACAAAUGGAAAAAAUGCAUUCGAGAGCGAUUGGAGAGGCGAUUUCGAGACGCGUGAAACCGACAAAAAAUGGAGACAGCGCGGCGAAGAAGAAGUUGGCGUUGAAAAGAAAACAGUGGAAAGAGCAAAGCGAACAACAACAGAACAAAAAGAAAAAUGGUGCGUCGGCAAGGAAAAAACGACGGUCGUCGUUUCAAGCGUACAGCUCGGACGAAGAAGAAUUAGAUGGAGACGCCGAUGAAGACGGUGACGAUGUUAUUGAAGCAGAAGAAGACGUUGAAUUUGAAGGAGGAUUAUCCGUCGACGGCGACAGGUUCGCGAAACUUUUACCGCAUCAGAAAACAGCCGUUAAAUGGCUUUGGGAAUUGCACUGUCAAAGAGCCGGUGGGAUAAUCGGCGAUGAGAUGGGUUUAGGGAAGACUGUACAAGUUGCCGCUUUCCUCGGCGCGUUAUCGAAAUCGAACUUGUACCAAGCAUCCGUUGUCGUGUGUCCGGCGACGAUGUUGCGCCAAUGGCGUCGCGAAUUGAAAAUCUGGGCGCCCGAGCUGAAACCAGUCGUCUUGCACGACUCGGCUAUCACGCAAGACGCUUUAAAAGUUGCCAACGGGAAUAGAAAAAAUGCGAUGAAAAACGCCAUACGGAACGCCACGAGAGACCCGAAAGGCUUGGUGAUUACCACGUACGAGUGUUUGCGAGGCAUGCGCGAAGAUUUGUUGACCGUUCGAUGGGGGUACGCGGUGUUGGACGAAGGGCAUAAAAUUCGAAACCCAGAAGCAGACAUCACCGUCGUCUCGAAGCGAUUACGCACGGUUCACAGAAUUAUCAUGACUGGUGCGCCUGUACAAAACAGGUUAUCCGAGCUUUGGUCGUUGAUUGAUUUUGUCUACCCCGGGAAAUUGGGCACUUUGCCGGUGUUUCAGGCGCAGUUCGCGGUGCCUAUACAAAUCGGCGGGUACGUCAACGCGAGCGAUCAAGCGGCGACUACGGCGUAUAGGUGCGCGGUCGCGUUAAAGGAUUUGAUUUCACCGUAUUUACUUCGACGAUUAAAACAAGACUUGGAUAUAAACUUGCCGGAUAAAACGGAACAGGUUUUGUUUUGCCCGAUGACGGAAAACCAACGCGACGCGUAUAAAGGUUUCCUCUCCUCGAGAGAAGUGGAAGAUAUCAUCGACGGUCGACGCGAAGCGUUGGGCGGUAUUGACGUUUUGCGUAAGAUUGUUAAUCACCCAGACUUGUUAGAGCGAAACUCGCGCGCUGGCGAUGCAAAUUACGGCGACCCGGUGCGUUCGGGCAAGUUACAAGUCGCGCUGAAAAUCUUGAGCAUGUGGAAAAGCCAAGGCCAUCGAUGUCUCGUUUUUUCGCAAACGCAACAGAUGCUGGAUAUUUUAGAGCAAGCGGUUGCCAACGAAGGAUACACGUAUCGACGAAUGGACGGCACCACACCUGUCGCGCACCGAAUGGGCUUAGUCGAUUCUUUCAACGACGCCGGUAACGUGGGCGAGGAAGGCGUCGCCGCGGAGGAUAUGCAAGAACCCGUGUUUGUUUUUUUGUUGACAACUAAGGUUGGUGGUUUGGGUAUAAAUUUAACCGGCGCGAAUCGCGUUUUGUUGUUUGAUCCGGAUUGGAAUCCGUCAACGGAUGCGCAAGCACGUGAACGAGCCUGGCGCAUUGGUCAAACGAAAGCGGUGACCAUCUAUCGGUUAAUCACCACCGGGACGAUCGAAGAGAAAGUGUAUCAUCGACAAAUUUACAAAGAGUUUCUGACCGGUAAGGUAUUAAAGGACCCAAAACAACGACGUUUUUUUAAAGCGAGAGAUAUGAUGGAUUUGUUCGCGUACGAUGACCCGGAGGAGAAGCAAAGAGGAGGCGGUGUCGCGGGAAGCGCGGCGAUGGGCGGCGGAGCCGCAAACGAAACCGCCGAGCUUUUCGCCGAAGUCGAAGGCGAGAUCUUAGCGGCAGAUUGCAAAGAUGAAGACGAGGAGAGUCUAAUCACAGUUGAAGGAGAUGAAUCGCUGGAAGAAGGCGAGACGACAACGGCGAAUAAUGGAACCAUAGUCGAGGGCGUGCAAAGAGUCGAGACGAAUCGAUUGAACGUUAAUAACAAAGACGACAACGGGAAAGGCGAUGCGGCGAUUUUGAAAUCAUUGUUCGACGGCGAAGGCGGAUUACACAGUGCUAUGUGUCACGAUAAGAUUUUGUCAGCUGCAGAUAGCGACCGGCGCGCGAAAAUUGCCUUUGCAGAUAGAAUCGCGAGACAAGCGGCGGAGGCGGUGAAACGCUCCGGACGAGGCGAAAUGAAUGGGCAUUCCAACACUCGCGUUCAAGGUCAGCAGCAACAACAGCAACACAUCAACGCAACGACCACAUCAACUACGACUAUACGAACUAUUGCCACCAAUAAUAUCAACACGGGCCGUUUCGGAAGCAAUAACGCUGGAAGUCGUCGCUUAUUCUCUCGCAUCCAACAAAGACGCGAAGAAGACGCCGCCAUCAUCGCCACGAAUCAAAACGCCAACGCCAACCAAGAUGAAGAAGCCCGCUUCGCGCAAACCCUUCUCAAAGACAUCAUUCAAUUUCUCAAGUCUAGGGGCGGUGAAGCUCCAACCGGACUCGUCGUCGACGCCUUCGCGGAUAAAGUCACCGCCGAACGUCGCGUCAUCUUUCGCAACUUAUUAAAGCAGUGCGCUCGAUUGGAACGGAAUCCGACGACGAACGAUGGAAACAAAGGAUUCUCCGCCUGGGUUUUAAAAUCAGAGUACGAUACGUAA